CACAGACACAGACGAGGUAUGUUUAUAUUCGUCUGCGAUGUAACAUAAUUAUAAUAACGCGCUGUGUGUAUUAUCCUUGAUAAAUAAAAAUAUUGUUAGUAAACAAAGCUGUGCAUUGCUACACAUUAUUAAAGAAAGAAAUGUAAUUAUCUAAGUAAUAUACAUAAUGAUUUAAUUAUAUAAUUACAUAAUUAUCUAUAUAAAACAUAUAAUUAUCCAAAAUACCAGAGAGCGUUUUUUGACGGAUACGAAUUUAAUAAAUAAUACGAAAAUGCAAAGGACAAAUUUGCCAAUCGUGCCAGUGGAACUGGAUUCCUCAAUUGCGAUAAAAAUAAGCAUGGGUGGAUCUAUGUUCCAAGAAAGAACAUUAAUGGGCCGUUCAGACGUGUGGCAUAAAAUUAAAAUAUUGAAAGGGAUCCAAUAUGACAAGGAAACAGUGCUGAAAGCUAUACUGAAUGCUAUCGAACCAGCAGAAAUGAUACCUGUUAAGUACCAAGCCAGCGGGGAAGACACCUAUUUCAUGGCACGUAACUGCGCUCACGCUCUUGAUAAGCUGUGCAAAACUAACUUAAUAAUAAAAAACCCUGAAGGAGAUCCUCUAAUCCUAAUCAUAACAUUAGGGUUUGCAUCCAUUCACGAUUUGAAACUAAAUCUUCAGUCAUUGCUCCUUACUGCAUUGACCAAAAAAUACAAUCCUAAUUUGAAACGUUUAGACCUGACAGAGUUUCAUAAAGAUCCUGAUUUAUCUAAAAUUGUUUACUGCCCUUUAUACCAGCAGAGGACUUUCUGUCAUGUUCUGAAACUAACAAAAACUUCAAUUGCCACAGUGGAACAUCUGAAUCUUCAGAAGAAUGAAUUGUUCAACCUGGUUCCUCUAGAAAUCUCUACUAAGACCAUAAAAUAUCUUGAUUUAAGGCACAAUAACUUGAUAUCUAUGGAAGCACUCAGUCCCAUAAAAAACUUGUGCAUAACGAAGCUGUGGCUUGAUGGAAAUCCCCUCUGCGAGAACUACUCCAAUUCGAGACAGUACAUAAACUCCGCACUGAAAUACUGUCCCAAUUUGAUUCAAUUGGACGGUGUUUACAUAAGAACGUUCGGCCUGCCAUUAACAUAUAUCACUUACUUUAAAAACGAAUCCAGGGAGCAGCUAGUCAACAAAUUUAUUCAUCACUUUUUCAUCUUUUACGAUGAAUGCGACAGAAUCUCCUUGAGAGGAUUAUAUUCUGAAAACGCGUUUUACUCUAUGACUUUUGGGAUUCCAGGAGGUAUAGCUCACAAAAGAAAUCUCAUGCAGUUUACAGCAAACAAUUUUAAUCUAUUAAAGAGCGGCGACAUGAAUAAGAAACGGCAGCACAUUUAUUAUGGGCGAGAUAAUGUUAUAGUUGGCCUGAAGAAACUACCAAACUCCUAUCACGAGAAAACUUCUUUCGUGUGGGAUUUGAUGUACGACGAUGGCAAAUGCUUGGUGAUCUCAGUUUGCGGACUGAUGAAAGUCAUGACCCACUCACAGCAAGUUCUAUGGUUCAGCAGAACGUUCGCCCUUCAAGCUGGUCCUGAAUACGAGUACAACAUCAUCAACGAUCAGUAUUAUGUAGACGCCACUGUAGAAGAAAUCCUACCAAAGGACGUAAAGUCAAAAGUUCCCUACAAUCCUAUCGACCCAUCGUAUUACAGUGUAAACGAGAAAAAAGAGAUGUUGAUCAAGUUCUCAGAGUUGACCAUGUUAAACGACGAAUGGUGCAACUCGUAUUUAGAAGAAGUGAAUUGGGACAUAAAGAAAGCCAUUUUGAAUUUCAUUAAGGAUUACAAAACCUCCGCCAUUUCCGCUAACGCAUUUCAAAAGUAGUAUUGUUUGUAACUAAUGACAAAUCUGUAAACGUU